CGCGCGGCGCGGCCGGUGGGGCGUGGCGCGGCGCGGCCCAGCAUGCAGCGCGGCGCCGUUUGAAUGGCGCAGGCUCCGGGCGCUGGGCCCCGGCGGUAGGUGCCCGUGGCUCCUCCUCCCCCCUCGGCGUGGCCCUGCCCGGUACCAUGAGCAGCGGGGAUUUGAGAGAUUAUGGCAUCUGAAGCCCACAAUGUUAGAAAACAGAAAGUAUUGCAUAUUGAAGGUCAUCCCAUUGAUCUCCCUAGAAAAAGAAUCUCUUCUUCCACUAAAAAGAUCAUGAAGGAGGGUAAGAAAUCUCCAAAACAGCUGGCUUCAUACACAAACAGAAUAACAGUUGGAAAAACGGUGACCAGUCCCCUCUCUCUUUUCAAAGUAGUAUAUUGUAAAAGAAAAGUUCGUUGUUAUACUCCAAAGCCUUGCUAUAGAAAGAAACAGUUCCCUAAAUCUAGGGGCUGUGACAUGGCAAAUAAAGAAAAUGAACUGGCUUGUGCAGGGAAUCUGCCAGCAAAACUACACAACAACAGUCGUACGCACUUGUUGAAUUCUAGUGACUCUGGCUCAUCUCAAACAGAAGGCCCAUCAUCCAAAUAUAGUGGAUUUUUUUCAGAGGUUUCUCAGGACCAUGAAACUAUGGCUCAAGUUCUUUUCAGCAGGAAUCUGAGGCUGAAUGUAGCUUUAACCUUUUGGAGAAGGAGAAGUAUAAGUGAACUGGUAGCCUACUUAGUGAGGAUACAAGAUCUUGGAGUAGUAGUAGACUGCCUUCCUGUGCUUACAAACAGUUUACAGGAAGAAAAACCACAUAUUUCAGUUGGCUGCUGCGUAGAUCUUUUGCCUUUAGUGAAAUCAUUGCUUAAAAGCAAAUACGAAGAAUACGUGAUAGUUGGUUUAAACUGGCUUCAGGCUGUCAUUAAAAGAUGGUGGUCAGAACUGUCUGCACAUUCAGAAAAGGCAGAGGAUGGAAAUAUUCAUAUUUUAAAACGACAAUUAAGUGGUUUGUGGGAACAGGAGAAUCAUCUUACUCUGGUUCCAGGAUAUACUGGUAAUAUAGCUAAGGAUGUAAAUGCUUAUUUAUUACAGCUACACUGACAUGAUUGGGAAACUAUGUAUGCUUAUGUGGUGAAAGAACCCCGCAAAGUACCCCUGAAAUACAUACUGUUUCUGAAAGCCUUUUGAGAAAUACUGGCAGAAGAGAACUGAACUGUCAAGCUGUUUAACAAAACCACUAAUAAAAUCCUAACAAUCUACUUCACAUUGAAGUGGAAAAACAUCUAGUAGGAGCAACUUUUACUUCAAUGAGGUGAAAGUGCACUAUGAAAACUGUAUGCCUUUGCUGCAUUUGGGAUUCACUGAGUUACUAGGUAUUCAUUUAAAUGCUACUGUAUUUUACCACAACAUCGCAUAAAAGAAGAUGAAUUACUGUCAUGAAGACAAAGACAGCAGAACCAGUUAAAAGGAGCCAACAAAAGCAAUCGGCAUUUAGAGCUUUUAAAUGUUUCUUUCACAAGAGAACUCCAGAAUGCACCGAUAUCUUCCAAUUGCAUUUAAAAAAAAACCACAACAACAACUUUGGAAUAUUGAAUUCUAUGUUUUAAUCAAAUUAUUAAAGACAAUUUUUGUUUGCACUAUUGAGAAACUGUACAUUAAAGUUGCCUUAAUUACUAGUGUUUCAAAAAGCCAAUGUGUUAAGAUGCAAAUAGCUAUUAUGUUCAGAUUGUAAUGAGAAGCUACAAAAAUCAGGGUUUCACAUUGUGUAGUUAAUGAAACAUUGCACAUAUACAAAGAUUCAUGUAUGAAAAAUAUUAUAAAUACCUGAAGUUAAGCUUGGAUAAACAGUUAUUGCAAAUGUCAGCAGAAUGGUGAAUUUAUGUCUAACAAAUGUUUUUAUAUUGUAUGUGGAUUUCUAACACAGUAAUCUUGUUCUGUAUCAUUUAAACUACAUGCAAAUAAGUAAAUAUAUAAAAUGUA